CAAGCCCCACCCGCGCGGCAACUCGUGUCGCGCGCUUCUUGAAGCAUUGUCCUGGCUGGCAGACAAAAGUUGUAGACCAACACUUGCUUUUGAAGAAGUUUACUGCGGACUUGUGAUGUCUCCCUGCAGCGUUUAGACCGUCCGGGCAGGUUUAUGAGACCCCCGUAAAGGAGCAGCUGCUGACUGACUGUCUGGUUCUUCGCUCGCCGGCUGCCAAGGUGGAGAAGUAUUUGCUCUGCACCCCGUGGGGUUUAAAGUUCUGGCUAUAUUAUUAGCAGGUAGUUAGCCCCGAACCUUCGCUGAUUCAAGUCCGGUAACGAUGGCGGCGGUGUGUCAGCAACGACGUGCCUUGGUGGAAAUACCCGCACCACAGCCUAAAAUUGCAGCUCGGAUGAGAAGGUCCUACUUAGAAAUUCUCAGCGCUCGUUUCGCCCCUGCUCCACUUCCAAGAGGCAGGAACCCAAAGCGAGCUCACUCCUUGGAUUUGUCCUUCGGUGGCGUGUGGGGAGAAAGGAUGGAGGACCAGUGCGGAAAGAUGGAUGAGCAUCCCGCCCAACUGUCUAAGCAGCAGCUUGUGCAGCUAAUCAGAGCACUCAUCUUAGUUGAACAGAGCCAAGAGCCCAGGCUGGUGGCGACGGACCUCAAGUGUCUUCAGGAAGACCUGCAGCUGAAGAAGGCCAACGUUUACAGGUCUAUACCGUACUCGCGGUUCGGCUCCAACAGGGACGCUCACUGCUACAGAAAGGCCUAUCCUCACCUGCUGGCCUUCAAAGUGUCGUGUCAGGAGUGGGGCCAAGUGCUGCUGAGGAACAAGAAGUGGGACGCCGUGUUGGAGCACUCCCUGCUGGCGUGGCGAUACACGGGCGAGUUACCGCAGUGGGACACGGCGCAGCACAACGUGCUGAGAGGACAGUGUUACGGCGUCCUGGCCGCUCACAGCCUCGCUGCUCUGGAGCACUACCGGCCAGAGCCCAGCCGGGGACGGGAACUGCUCAGGAGGUUUAAGACGGCUCAGCUGCAAAGCCAGUUAAUAGUUCCCUGUAUCGAGGAACUGCAAAGGAUUAUGGGAUACACAGAGGACUUUUCCAUGGAUACGAAGUGAUGUGGCGAUCAAGCUCAGCAGCCGGAUUCUGUUCUAUGAAAACAGCUUCAUGCUUGACAUGAAUGAACAAUGUUUUAAUGGGCCAAAAAUGUUCUUUACUUGGUUGAUUAACAAAAUCCACUGCAUUGUUCUCCGAAGGACUGAUGAUAAAUUAGCUUUGCUUUAAAUAGGAGCAUCAGGUUAAAGGUGGGAGUUUACUAUGAGGAGCCUCAAACACCAGUUUCCCAUACAAUUUAGCUUAGCUAAUGUACUGUUGUUGAGCAGCUACAAGCAGGCAGCUGGGAGAUAAAGAAACACAAACUUUGACAAGUGUCUUUAAUUGUAAAAAAAGAAAAAAAACGCAAUUAACACCAAUUUAGUUGCUUUCAUUUUUCAUUGAAAAUCACAUUAACAUAAAUAAGUAAUGCUUUAAUUUGGCAUCUACAUACGUUCUUUUCCAAGUAUUUAAAAUAUACUCCAUUUCAGAGUAUUGAUAUCCAGUUGUUGCAAAGUAGUUUAAAUAAAUAUAUAUUUGUAGAGUUGUUUAGAGAAUAGUUUGUAUUGAAAGCUGAAUUGUUAAAAGAAAUGGCUAUACUUUUUUUUUUUUUUUUUUUUUUCCCUGUGUAUGUGUUGACUUCCUGUUAUUGUUGGGAACCCUUGAACAUGUCGCUGUCUUGUCUGAUUUCCUGUUUGUUGUUUUUUCAUGGGGCGCUUUAUUGCACUGUCAGUGUUUGUCCUGAAAACUUGAACAUUUUUGAUAAAAUUGAUUCUAAUUUAAAUAAAAUUUGUAUUAAUUGCAAAGAAACUUGCCUUUAA